UCUCAGUCUUCUUCGGGACUCUGGCUCUGGUCCUGGUCCUGGCUGUGGCUCUGGUCCGUGCUGGUCCUGGUCUGACCCGGGUUAUCUCUGGUCCUGGUCUGACCCGGGUUAACUCUGGUCCUGGUCUGACCCGGGUUAACUCUGGUCCUGGUGUCGGUGCUCAGUUAGCCGUUAGCUCUCUGCUAGCAGAGCUCAGGCAUGUUUGCGUCCUGCUGUAACUGGUUGUGUUUGGACUCUGGUGUUGAUGUGGAUCCGUCUGGUGGAGCCGAGCGGCGCCAUCAGUCCUACACCAACUCAGGCUUCAACAGUCAGCCGUCUCCUCCUCCAGCUGAACUCACCUGUAAGGCCUGCGGGGGGCGCCUCGACACACCUGCCAAGAAGCAUGUGUGUGUGGACUGUAAGAAGGACUACUGCAGCCGUUGCUCCGCCCAGCUGGAGCCCCGCCCCCGCCUCUGUCACACCUGUCAGCGUUUCUACGGCAACCUGCUGGAGCGGGCGGAGCUGAUGAAGCUGAAAGUGAAGGAGCUGCGGGACUACCUGCACCUGCAUGAGGUGUCCACUCACCUGUGCAGAGAGAAGGAGGAGCUGGUGGAGCUGGUCAUCGGGCAGCAGUCCUCCCCGUCCGACGAGUGCCCGGAGACCCUGACCCCUGACCCCCCCUCUGUGGCCUCUGAGCCCCCUGACCUCACCCCUCGCAUCCACAUCUUGACUCCUGAGUCACCCGACGCCCCCCGACCCCCCGCUGAGCCACCUGAGGCCCCGGCACCGCCCACAGAGACCUCCCCCGCCGAGCCCGAGGUUCAGGAUGAAGACCAGAACUCGGACCCGGAGGAGGCCCCGGAGGAGGCCCCGGUCUCGGGCCGCCGGGCCUCUCUGUCGGACCUCAGCUGUCUGGACGACAUCGAGGAGCUCAGCGUCCGACAGCUGAAGGAAAUCCUCGCCAGGAACUUUGUCAACUACAAAGGCUGCUGUGAGAAGUGGGAGCUGAUGGAGAGAGUGAACCGGCUGUACCAGGACCAGCAGAACCUACUGGCCGCCAACGCUGUGAACGCCUCAGAGUCCGGCGGCGGUGGAGGAUCUGCAGGUCAGGAGGACAACCUCUGUAAGAUCUGUAUGGACUGUCCCAUCGACUGUGUUCUGCUGGAGUGUGGUCACAUGAUCACCUGCACCAAGUGUGGCAAACGGAUGAGCGAGUGUCCCAUCUGCCGCCAGUACGUCGUCCGAGCCGUCCACGUCUUCCGGUCCUGAGCUGGCAACCCUGACCUGAGCCCAGGAUCGUCAUCAAAGGAACAAACUGCAAAUAAA